AUGGCAUCUGCAAUGUUUGGCAUCAGUUAUGAUCUACGGCAGGAUAAGAAGCUACAGGUCGUGAAGGGUCAGAGUCAAUUGAUUGAUGCUAAGAAAUACUACGAAGAUGCCAAGAGCCUAUUACUUGCUAAUCGGUCAGAGAAAUCAAGGUGGAAAAUUGAAUGUGGCGACAAAGACUUAGAAUGGGCCUCGACUCUAGGGGAUAUGGAAGUCAAGAGCGGAAAGCCAAACCCCGAAUCUCUUAGUAAAGCUGUAUCAGAGCUUGCUGGAAAAGAGGAGAUCUCGCACUAUCAAGGGCUUUUCUACUCUAAGUUUUGGUCGCCGAAAUCCCUAUUCGGCAACUAUAUAUGGAAAAGCACGAAAUAUUUACUCCCGGACAAACCUGAAACUACGAAGUCGGGUUUCUGUGCCUCUGAGAUAGCCAUCACAUCCACAAGUGAUGUGAAGAUAAUGGCGAAAAAUUAUUUGACUUUGUGUGACCCAUACUUUGCUAGGCAGAGUCUUACUUGGGCUCACAGCCAAGUGGGAGCCGUUAAUUCCCUAGAUAAUCUUCCUCUGAAAGCUGGAAUCCUACUACAUGAACUCAUGCAUAUGACUUCCCUAAAAGUUAUUGAUGAGACUGCUACCGGAGAUGACGGGAAGCAGCAUCCUGCGCAAACAUGGUCAGGUUGUCGGGCGUUGGCAAAGGAAGAUCCCCAGAGAACCGUCACGAAUGCAGAUACCUAUCAUUAUUUCGCACUAGGGGUCUACUUCGUGAAUGUCAACUGGUGGCCGGAAGGUUAUGAGGAAAAUGUUGGCCGCUGUUAA